CGAUCCCCCCUACACAUUGAGUCCAUGUUAGUGAAUCGGUACGUGUUUACCUGAUCAUUGCAUGGAGAAGAUUACCGAGAAAUCAUAUGUCAACCUCGCUUUAGGAGGUCGACCUCUAUGAAUGAACUCCUCUUCUGCAUUGGAAGUGCAAUCUUGGCUCAGAGAUAUUUCUCCGAGUAAGAUAGAAGUCGGGAACCCCAGGAAAGACAGCAUUGACCUCACCGUCCUCGGAGUGUGCACCGGCACUGGCCUUGGUCGACUCGAUUGCGCGUUAGUUCGGUUCGGUCAGAAGAGUCCAUCCGCUCCGCUACGGGUGAAACUGCAGCAGUUCGAUUCGAUUCCCAUCCCCGCGUCAGUGAGAUCUUCCGUUAUCAACUACCUACGAGUCGACCGCUGCAGAUCCAAGCCAGCACCACACCUGGACGACUUGCUCGGCAGUCUGUUUUCAGGCGGCAUCAAGACCUUCUGCCGCAAACAUGGCAUCGAAACUUCAUCCGUCGACCUUGUGGGCACUCACAGUGAGGCCAUGAAAACCUCCAAUGCAUGGUACAACAUCGAUGGCGCGCAAGAACAGCUACUUCACUGGAAUGCGAUCGUGGCCGCGGAGACUGGCAUCAGUACUGUCUACGACUUCGCAAUCGUCGAGCGCGCAGUCGUUAGGCCGCAUGUCCAUCCGACCACCUAUGUCGACAGGAUUCUCUUGCGACACCCCUCGAAAUUCCGCGUCUGCCUUAACAUCGAUGAAAUUGCGAAUUUGAGCUUCAUACCCGCGCAUGGCGACGAUGACGCUUGCGCAGCCAUGUCUCAUGAUGUUGGACCUGGCAGCCUCUUAAUCGACUACGCCAUGCGGUACUGCACGUCGAACGAUCAAUCUGAAGACCACGACGGCAAGGUCGGGUCGCUAGGCAAGGUUCACCAUGACAUCGUAGACCGUUUUCUCGACUCACAUGACUAUCUCCGCUCACCACCCUCGCGAAAUAUAGCCACGGAGAUGUUCGGCGACCACGAAGCCCAACAACUCAUCGAUGAGUGUCUCUACAGCAACAUGUCCGAGGUCGACACCCUUGCUACCAUCACACGCGUCACAGCGCAGAACAUACUCAAGCAGUACCGCCGUCUGCUGCAGGUUUUCUUCCCGCCUGGCCAGAAGGUCGACGAACUCUUCAUCUGCGGCUCCGCCGCCCGUAACUCGAACAUCAUCGAUUAUCUCGAAUCCGAGCUCCCCGAGAGCGUCAUUACGAAGCCGUUACGGGAUAUUGGCAUACCGGGCGAUGCGCAUGAGGCUGUGUGCUACGCGUAUCUCGCGCUCGAAGCAGUGCUCACCCAGACCAUGCAGGAUACAGAGACGCCUUUGGAGCCGAGCAGCGCGUAUCCGAAAGCGGGUACAAUACGAUCAAGAUUUGUGCCGGGGAGACGGUGGGGAGAUUUGGUCAGCAACGUGCUGGAGUUCAGCGGUGGACAGCGGAUACAUGUCGCGACGGAUGUGAGAAUCACAGGAAGCCUGGAGGCGGCGGUGCAGGGUAUGGACAUUCGCUAAAGGCGCACGAUGAGCACAUUCUCUGUUCUAAUGAAGGAUCUGAUGAAGAACUUAGGGCUGGCGUCUUGUGGCCACAGGAGUUCAGGUCUCCGGUUUGUUGCGCGGUGGAGCGCACAUGGAUCUUGGCAGCGUGAUAGCGAACAUUUCCCUUGU